AUGUAUUACAUAGAAGAUGAUAAUGAUCAUGAGAAUGGGCAAUAUUCAUAUGCAUAUUCAUCAUCAUCACAAAAUGAGAUUUACAAUUAUGGAUCACAAAAUGAGAUUUACAAUUAUGGGUCACAAAAUGAGAUUUACAAUUAUGGGUACUAUGGUUCUAAUUCUUCAUCAUCCUCAAACAACAAUGUAACAACGAAGAACUUUCAUUCAUCAUCGUCAACAAGCUCAACAAAGUCUUCUUUACCCAGAAGUUUUUCGCAGAAACACUCAUCUUCUUCGCACAAGUCUCCUCUACCAAAGACAUGUUUGGAUAAGAGUUCCUCGAUGAGAACCACCUCUUCCUCGCUAUCUCGGAGUCCUUCCCAUAGAAGUUCCUCGGUGAAAUACUCUGAUAUUGGGCGUAAAUGCAGCAAUAUUGUAAGUGAGCAACGAGCUAGGUUCUAUAUUAUGAAAAGAUGCGUCAAGAUGCUUGUAGGUUGGCGCAAGAACAACGAUUCCUAG